CACUGCAGCCUUUAGCAGAUAAUACUAACAUGUCGUACAAGAUCCUGAUGGUGGCUGCCGUGGCGGCGCUCGCCCUGGCUGAAGAUGUCUCACACGAGCGGCACUCUUCCCGUCGUCACCACCACUCUGGCUCCUCUUCCCGCGAGUCUGAUUACCACUUCGGUUCCUCCUACCACGACCCAUAUCGCCACUCGAGUUCUUCCUAUCAUGAUUCGGAAUACAAGAAACCGGACUACAACUUCCACUACAGGGUAAAGGACAAAUACUACAACGACUUCGGCCACUGGGAGGAGCGCAAAGGAUACCUCACUAACGGAUCGUACGAUGUGGUGCUGCCAGACUAUCGCAGACAAGAGGUAAAUUACACCGUCGACGGCAAGAAAGGCUACGUAGCCACGGUCAACUACACCCCCGUGAAGAAAGACGAGUAUCACAAGGGCGGCCACAACCAUGGCUCCUACGAAGAUGACCCAUACAAGCCUGGACCAUACGAAGAUGAUCCAUACAAGCCUGGCUACGAAGAUGAUCCAUACAAGCCUGACUACGAAGUUGACCCAUACAAGCCAAGAUCAUACGAAGAUGACCCAUACAAGCCAAGAUCAUAUGAAGAUGACCCACAAAAUUAUGGCUCCAAUAAAUAUGACCCUUACAAACCCAGACAAUACGAAGUUGACCCAUACAAGUCUUUCGAAGAUGAGCCAUACAGACGAGGCUCCUACGAGGAUGACCCACACAAACAUGGCUCCACUCUAUAUGACCCAUACAAGCCUAGACCACACCCAUACAAGGGAGGCUCCUACGAAGAUGACCCAUACAAGCGAGGCACCUACGAAGAUGACCCAUACAAGCGAGGCUCCUACGAAGAUGACCCAUACAAGCGAGGCUCCUACGAAGAUGACCCAUACAAGCGAGACUCCUACGAAGAUGACCCAUACAAGCGAGGCUCCUACGAAGAUGACCCAUACAAGCGAGGCACCUACGAAGAUGACCCAUACAAGCGAGGCUCCUACGAAGAUGACCCAUACAAGCGAGGCUCCUACGAAGAUGACCCAUACAAGCGAGGCACCUACGAAGAUGACCCAUACAAGCGAGACUCCUACGAAGAUGACCCAUACAAGCGAGACUCCUACGAAGAUGACUCACACAAGCCUGAUCCAAACGAACAUAAAUCAAGGUACAGACCAGACUCCCAUGAAUAUGAGCCAAUCUUUUACAGCUCAAGGCCUAACUACAACCAAUACUCCAAUGAAUAUGAAUCUGUGUACAAGUCGAGACCAUACAAGCCUGACCCUUAUGAAUAUGAACCACUGUACAAGCCCUAUAGCCGCGGCACAAACUCCUCUGAAGACAACCCGUUUUACAUUCCCAUUUAUGAAAGCUGAACACGUCCUCCAUUUCAUUAUGUAGAAGGAAAGGGAUUAAGGGGAGGGAAGAUACCUUUUAAAUCUCUUUUCAUUGUAUUUUUUUAAUAAAUGUUAUAAAAAAUUUG